AUGAGCAUCGUCCUGCCGGGUAAGCCGCAGUCAAGACUCCAAGGUCUGGCUAUUGCUUAUUGGAACAACCUGCACCUCAAUGCAUACGUCACCGGAAAUGCAUUCACCAUCCUCGACGGUCUGCAGACCAUCGUCCAGACGAUCUACGAUGAGAACGAGGAGCCGCUGCAGGCUAUAGCUAUCGACGAGUUGACGGGCAAAAUCGCCGUGGCAACAAUUGCGCAGGUCCGGGUCUACAAGCCGUUGGGGGGAUUCCAGGAAGAUGCCUUGAAGUGGGCGCUCCAAUUCGCCUUUGGCGUACCGCACGACGACUCCGAGGUCAUACCGGCUUUGUCUUGGGGUAGUUCGGAGGAGCUUCUAGUUGCAGGCCGGUGCCUCUCCCUGUAUUCCACAGGCGAGCACCUCGAAUACCUGUGGGAAAAGAAGCUCCCUUGCCCUGCCAAAAUAGCAACACUGUCGUACGACUCGGCAUACAUCGCCUCUCUCUCCCAUCAUGAUCACCUUCCAAAGGUUUGGCGCCGCUUGACCUAUGGCUCCAACGACGUCCGCUUCGACUUGGCAUACCUCCGCCAUCCAGCCGCCGUUACGAGCAUCAGAUGGCGCAAGCCCUUCCACGUGGAGCAAGCAACAGGCAACGUCCUGUAUACCAGCUGCAUGGAUGGUCAUGUACGCGUGUGGGUUCCGACAGACACCGCAAGCGGAUGGAAGUGGCAGCUCUGGGGGAAGAUCGAUGUGGCCAAAUCGAUGCCAGACAACGUCCGUCCGCCAGAGCCAUGGCUGGUUUGCUUUAUUGACGGGCGAGACUUCACCGCUUCUGUGGAGAGGGCCAUAGAACAGCGGAUGGCGGAUGACAGCAGCACCGAUGAUGUGGCAUUGGACCAUCUGGUAGCCAUUGCGAACAGGAGCCCGGAGAUCUGCCUCGCCAUGAACCGGUCGGGGUUCUUGACUGCGUGGGCUUUGGAAAACGUCGGUAAUGCCUCCUCGGACGAACGUCAGAUUUUCAACAUUGCGCAGACAACAUCGCCAGAGUUGGAAAACUUCUCCAGCCUUCUAUCCUCGGACGACUUCUCCCAUCUGGAGGUGGAAACGUACUGCAACCGAAAAACCGGGCAACUGCGAAUUCUCCUGCACGUCUUCGAUGGCAGAAUAGCGGUUUUCGAAUGCAGCGCCGCUGAUUUGUUCGAUCCCACGGCCAAUGACAAGCGGCUGUUGCUCCGUACGAUCUGGACCGGCCACUCUGCCUCGAUCAAGAAGAUAGUGCGUAACUUUAGCGGCCGAGCAGUCGUGUCGAGGACAAAGGAUGGCGAGACGAUUGUGUGGAACCAUGCGCUGACGACCCGGCCCGGAUCCUCUUGUUUGUCCUUUAAUCGCCGCAGCACGAUUCCCGAGAACGGUCACAUCCAUCGCAUUUGUGUUCUUCGCCAAGGCCGGUUUGUCGUCUUCCUCAGAGAGAAUGUCAUAUCGCUCUGGGAUUGUCGGCAUUCAAAGGGCGCCAUACUUGCCCGUAGGACGUACGAGGCUUCGGGUGCUCCCCUGUGUCUCAUCAUCUUGCCCAAACCGCAGCAUGUACACUACACCACUGCUCAUAUCGCCAUGAUUACAUCCAACGGGCGUGGGAUCGUUUGGCAGCUCAGCCUUCCGAACUAUAUCAAGGAGCCAACGAGCACGGUUGGUGCGGGCAUCGAGCAGUUUUGUCUGGUUGACCUCAAAUUGGCCGAAGACUUGAAGUAUGUCCUCCCGGUUGAUCCCGCUGGCUCUGGCCCCAUAUCAUCCGAGUUUCUCGACAUCUUUGCCAAGGACAUCGCUAUAUCCUGUACGCACACCGGUCGAAUCGAGCUCUGGACGGCUCGUGUCGACCCGCAGCGCAAGACCGUGGGGUGGCUGUCGACGUGCCAUGCCGAGUCAAACUUCUCAGAGCCAGCAUUGGUUAGUGGCAGUAUGCUCAAGAAGGCUGCGAUUGUAAAUUCUAAUAGGUCGAGGCUUGCUAUAUGGGAUGUCGGCGGCUCUCGCCUAGAGUUUGACGAGGACUAUGAGUCGCAAGACGCUAUUCAGGACCUUGAUUGGACUUCAACACCCGACGCUCAGUCGAUUCUUGCUGUUGGCUUUCAAUACCGCGUCCUUCUGCUGUCUCAGAUGAGAUUCGACUAUUUGAACAAGGGCGCAGCCUGGGCGCCAAUCCGGGAAAUCAUCACCCGCGAUCUGACGCCCCAUCCGAUCGGUGACUCAACAUGGCUCGCUCACGGCCAUCUCCUUGUUGGGGCGGGUAACCAGUUGUUCAUCUACGAUCGACGGGUUGGCAUGGACGAGUCCCCCACGGCCGAUCUCAGACUGCCUCAUCGUCAAGACGGCACAUGGGACCUCUUCGAGGCAGUGCAGAGAUUUAACGGACCUCUUCCCGUGUUCCACCCUCAGUUCCUAAGUCAAUGUAUCCUCGCAGGCAGGAACAAGCUCGUGCGACGAAUUCUCGUGGAGCUUCAUAAAACGUUGAAGUUCCUCGUCCCAGGCGACUCCGUCGACAAUUAUCUCGGGAUUGACUUGCAAGAGUUCUAUGAACCAACCGCGGAUAACAGCGGCCAAAGAUUCAGUACUGGGCUAAGCUAUCUAGAUGCACCUUCCAGGAGCGAGGACGACGAAGUUUUCAAUGAGGCAGUGGCCACAUCAAUCAACGAGAAGCUCACUCGGUUAGGGAUACCACAACUCUCCGGCCAUGAACAGAUUCAAUUGGUGGACAUCAUCGAAUGCGUAGCACUGGUGGAGCGAGAGCGUCGUUCCAUUGAUGAGAACGGAGCCCGGUUCAUGCUCUUUUUCAGACAGCACGCGCUUCGAAAAGGCCGCACCAACGAGAUACAGCUCUCAUGGAGAGAGAUUAACUGGGCAUACCACUCGGAGAGUCAAGACAUUCUCUCGGAUUUUGUGACUCGCCAGAAUCACAACGUCCUACUGUGGGAGCACGCCCGAGAGAGCGGCAUCUUCAUGUGGCUCACCGAUACGCAGCAUUUGCAACGACAAUUUGAGGCUGUCGCACGAAGUGAAUAUACAAAGGACGGAACCCGAAGCCCAGUGGAAUGCAGCCUGUUCUACAUAGCACUUCGCAAGAAGACGAUACUGCAGGGACUCUGGCGAAUGGCCGGAGGAGACAAGGAACAAGCUACAACUAUGCGGUUCCUCGGUCAUGAUUUCGAAGAGCCAAGAUGGCGCACAGCUGCUCUGAAGAACGCAUAUGCGCUGUUGAGCAAGCGGCGGUUUAAGUAUGCGGCCGCCUUCUUUUUGUUAGCUGACCGGCUCGACAGUGCCGUUGAGGUCUGUCUCCGUCAACUGAAGGACCUUCAGCUGGCCAUUGCCAUCACGCGCGUCUACGAGGGCAGCGACGGGCCGGUGCUGCGGAAACUGUUGCAGGAGGAGGUCCUGACGGUUGCAGCGCGUGAGGGGAAUCGCUGGCUCGCGUCCUGGGCCUUCUGGAUGCUGGGAAGGAGAGACAUGGCAGUGAGGGCGCUUGUUACACCCGUAUACACGCUUCUCGAGACACCUUCAUCGCCGGAUCUCAAAUCUCGGUCUUUCUUGACUGAUGAUCCCGCCCUGGUUGUUCUCUAUGCUCAGCUGCGGCAGAAAACACUGCAAACGCUGCGAGGAGCGUCCAAGGUGUCGCCGAAAGCGGAGUGGGAGUUUGUCCUCCACAGCGCAAAGCUCUAUGAUCGGAUGGGCUGUGAUCUCCUCGGUCUGAGUCUAGGCGACAUGAACCCACUGACGCUGCUGAGACGCCGAAGCUCGCUUGUUGUCAAUGAUCUACACACAUCUGAGCUUCACGCCAAGUUUAUGGAUGAGCGCGACCAGGUCAAGCGUCCUGCGCCGCCGCCGUCCACGUUCCACGAGCCGGACGCUGCUUCAUUACUCGAUAGUUUUGGUCUGUAA